CUGAGUGCUCCACGCGACAGACACUGUGAGCAGACAAGAUGGCGUCGAAGUGAGUGCAGUGUCGUAGGUUACGAUGCAUCGGGGUGAGCUGCAACUCGCCUUAUUGAGAGCAGAGAUCUGAAACAGAUAUGGAUAAAUGUAAACAUGUUGGACGGCUAAGACUUGCCCAGGACCACUCGAUUCUGAACCCGCAGAAGUGGCACUGUGUAGACUGUAACACCACAGAGUCGGUGUGGGCCUGCCUUAGCUGCUCACACGUGGCCUGUGGACGCUACAUUGAGGAACAUGCAAUCAAGCACUUUCAGGAAAAGAAACACCCCGUGGCUUUAGAGGUGAAUGAACUGUACGUUUUCUGCUACUUGUGUGACGACUAUGUACUGAACGACAAUGCCACAGGGGACCUCAAGUUGCUGCGCAGCACGCUAAGUGCCAUCAAGAGCCAGAACUAUGAGUGCACCACUCGUAGCGGCCGAACACUGCGCUCCAUGGCCAGUGAAGACAUCUCUGCAGGCAGUGUGCAGGAGCUGCUGUGGGAUGAGGACCGCAUGUUCACAGCGCUCUGGCACCGGAGACGCUCCCUAAUGGGCCGUGUCUUCCGCUCUUGGUUCGAGCUGACGGAAGGAGGCAAGCGGCGGACAGAGGAGGAGAGGCUCAGGGAAGAGGCAGAGAUAAGGAGGACAAAGACCCGGGAGAGGAGGCAGGAGCUGAAGCGUCGGCUGAAGGAGGAGCUGGAAAGCACCCCUCCGAGGAAGAGCUACCGCCUGCAGGAGCAGAGCCAAACAAGCAACCCCACAACGAAUGUGCAGGCAGUUUUGCCCAAGACGUUUAGCAGAAUACCAGUGCCGCCACAGCAACAAGCAGCAAGAAGAAAAGUAACAACAACAAUUCAUAAGCAAAGGAAGAUAUGCACAGGGGGGAAAAAAACAACCACAUCCACCUCGCUCAAAACAGGCAAGUUAAAGUCUGGAGACUCUCCCAUCAAACGGAGGCCCACAGUAACCCCUGGUGUGACAGGCCUGCGCAAUUUGGGCAACACCUGCUAUAUGAACUCUAUCCUGCAAGUGCUGAGCCACCUGCACAUCUUCCGCGAGUGCUUCCUGCAGCUUGACCUCAACCAAGCCCUGGAGCUGCUUGCCAGCGCCGCCAAUGGCAGUGCUCACAAACCCUCAUCCCCCAUCUUAAAGAGGAGGAACUUAUCAGCGGGCCUGAGCGGGGGAGCCUCACGUACGAGGAGCAUGGAGCUUAUCCAGCCCAAGGAGCCCAGCUCCAAACACAUUUCCUUGUGCCACGAGCUGCACACCCUUUUCCAGGUGAUGUGGUCGGGGAAGUGGGCUCUGGUGUCCCCCUUCGCCAUGCUGCACUCGGUAUGGAGGCUUAUCCCAGCCUUUAGGGGCUAUGCCCAACAGGAUGCUCAGGAGUUCCUCUGUGAGCUCUUGGAUAAAGUGCAGCGGGAACUGGAGACCACAGGCACUAUACAGCCUGCCCACAUGCCUGCCUCCCAGAGGAAGCUUAUCAAACAGGUCCUGAAUGUAGUCAACACUAUAUUUCACGGGCAGCUUCUCAGUCAGGUUACCUGCCUUGCCUGUGACAAUAAGUCCAAUACCAUAGAGCCAUUCUGGGACUUGUCACUGGAAUUCCCUGAAAGGUACCACUGCUACGGAAAAGAAACUGCCUCGCAGUAUCCCUGCCUGCUGACUGAAAUGCUAGCAAAGUUCACAGAGACAGAAGCCUUGGAAGGGAAGAUAUAUGCAUGUGAUCAGUGCAACAGUAAGCGCAGGAGAUUUUCUUCUAAACCAGUCAUCCUGACGGAAGCUCAGAAACAGCUUGUGGUCCACAAACUGCCUCAGGUCUUGAGACUGCACCUUAAACGUUUUAGGUGGUCCGGUCGCAAUCAUCGUGAGAAAAUUGGAGUCCAUGUCAGCUUUGAUCAGAUACUGAACAUGGAGCCCUACUGCUGUAGGGAUUCCACAGGGACCCUCAGACCAGACUGUUUCAUAUAUGACUUGUCUGCUGUGGUGAUGCAUCAUGGAAAGGGAUUUGGCUCAGGACACUACACUUCAUAUUGCUAUAAUACAGAAGGAGGGUUUUGGGUGCAUUGUAAUGAUUCCAAGUUAAACAUCUGCACUGUGGAGGAAGUGUGUAAGGCACAGGCCUACAUACUCUUUUAUACCCAGCGUGUUUCUCAGGAGAAAGGACCAUCUCUUUAAACAAUGCCUCACCAGAGCAAUCUUCCAGCAGCUGAACACCAGCAUGGCAUUGAAAAGGGUAACCCUUCACUUGAAAACAUCAGCACAUCCAAAGACACUGGGCUGUAUUUUCCUCUGUGUGCAAACUGUGAGCAAACUGCCCACUCCAUAGGAAAUGGAUUGGAUGGGCAGUUAGCCCACAGGGAAAAUCAGGCUCAUUUAGUCUUUGUACACUGUUUAGACUUUUCUUUGUGAAUAUGAAGUAGUGAUACUAAAUAUCGAAUACAACACUAGUUUAAGGUUCCUCCUUUUGUGAAUUAAUGUACAUUUUGUUUAUAACGUUUUGUAAUACAAUGUUUGUAAACUGCAUUUUGUUAAGAAUAGUGUAUAUAUGGCGGUAAUUGAUUUAAAUUGGUAAAAAUAACAACUGCAUGUAUGUGGCAACUGUUCAGGCAUUUUAAACGAGUUGAACUGCCAUGAGGAAAUUCUGUAGUCUGUUUUGCUAUGAUCUUUCAGAAAGUAUUCAUUUUAUAAUACUGUUCUGAGAAUAAAUACAUAUCUAGAUACUUGCCUUUCAACUGAACAAUCUGUUACUUGUGGACUUCCUGUUGAAUGUUCCCGGAAUAUUUGUUAAUAUUAGUUAACAAUCAGGGAAGAUUUUUUUUUUUUAUUACAGAAAUUUCCCUACCUGGGAUGGGGGGCGGACACACGACUUAUUCAGUACACAAUCAAAAUCUAAAGAAGUCCUGCAACUAGUCCUGGGUUUCAAAUGGCUUUUAUAAAAUGUGUUGUAAAACUGAUAAUGUGCCAGCAGUCAGGCUCAUGCCAAACUCCUACAUAGUUACCUGUGUAGAGUGUUUUAGAGAGUGUAAUGUUUUCUGUGUAAUUAAUACAUUGAACACAUACAAGUGAAAGUUAUUACAGGCUGGAUAACACCUAUAAUUACUCUGUCCCUAUACUUUGGCUGUUUUCUCAGAACAGGUCUGAAAUAUUUUAAGUAAUUUGAUCCCUUUGCUGCUUAAUGUCCAAUAUAUUUGACAUUAAGAAAAUAGGCAUUAGAUGGGGAUGUGAACAUACCCUGGGUAGUAAAGGGUUGUUCUAAAACCUGUGGUAUACUUAAGCAGCUUUUCCCAUGAAGCCAAAACUGUUUUUGUUUCAAUGUACUGCAGGAAUACACAAUGCUCCAAACAAAGGAAUUGCAUGCAUUUCUUGCUGUGCAAUACAAAAAUAAUAAUUGAGGGUUGUGUUAGGAAAACUUGAUAUCCCAAUAUAAAUGAGGAGUGUCUUGGAAGGGGGGAUGCAAAAUAUCUACAUAAGUGCUUUAGCAUCUCAAUCUUCAUAGGUGUAAUCAUUUUUGAAACACAAGGUAUUUCCUUUAUUAUUUUUUAUUUAUUUUGGUAACCAAAGCUCUUGGUAAUGCAACAUAAAAACAGUUCUAAGAGGUAGUUAGUUUAAUAAUGCAAGUGGCUUGAUGUACGUGUAGAUUUGUAGAUGUAAAUUCUUGUUUGUUUUGCUGUCUUUGAUAUGCUCUUCAGGGAACGUGGUGUACUGAUCUGUCUAGGAGAUUGCAGUGCACAAAUCCACAGGGCUUGCCAGGUAUUCAGAUUGGUGUUUGACCCUCCAGGAUUUAUUUUUUGUUUUUACUCUCAUCAAAGAAGCUUGUUCAUUGCAAAACAGCAGUUUUCGGAAAUAAAGCUCAGAAUCAAAUUGUCUUCACCUAGAAAUUUUAAGCGAUUUUUAUAUAUUGUGAUUUUUAUCUAUAUUGAUCUGAAAUCUGUAUUGCAACCUUGCAUUCAGCCUUGGGGUAGCCUUAACUAAAAUUAGAUCAUUUUAAUUCAAAACACUAUGUCAGAAUACUAUUGACAAUAUGUCCAUGUUUUGCAAUUUAUAGGUUUCUAGUUCGGAAUACCAAAACAUCACAUUAUGGUUUAUAUGUUUCUAGUCAUAUUUAAAAUUGGCAAUUAUUGGCAAUAUUUUUUGUUUUGUUUUUAAGAUGUUUGUAAAAAUUCAGUGUCCUGUAGUAUAUUGUUUUGUUUGUUUUUUUUCUGAUGUAAAUCUUUGGAAGUAAUACUAUGCAAAUUGUUACCUCAAUUUUAGAUAACU